AUGUCAGACAUUCGUUCAGCCUGAACGACGGGAGUAAACCGCAUUCGUGUUGGAAAAAAGUUGUCAUUUGUUUUUAUGCCAACGUAGAAACAAAAAGUUCCCGUACAGUCGUUUCCAGACUUUGAAGAUUUUCUGUUUGAAGCCGUUUGAAGCCAAAAAAGGGACCAGUACUAAGUAUGGGGACUAAACCAGGCCCAGUUCAGAUUGUCACUGUGUGUAAGGAGGAUCAUUCCUUUUCUUUGGACACAGAGGCUUUGGGACGGGUUCUCUUGGCCCCUGAGAUCCGUGACAAGCAUGUGGUGGUGGUGUCAGUAGCUGGAGCCUUCCGAAAGGGGAAGAGCUUUUUACUGGAUUUCAUGCUUCGUUAUAUGUACCGGAGGGAUGACAAAGAUUGGCUCGGUACAGACGAUGAACUGCUGACAGGAUUUUCUUGGAGGGGAGGUUCUGAACCAGAGACAACAGGCAUCCAGCUUUGGAGUGAGGUUUUCCCCAUUCAAAAGAGUGAUGGAAGUGAGGUGGCAGUAGUGUUGAUGGAUACUCAGGGAGCAUUUGAUUACCAGUCCACAGUGAAGGAUUGUGCCACCAUCUUUGCCCUCAGUACCAUGACCAGCUCAGUACAGAUCUACAAUCUGUCACAGAAUAUACAGGAAGAUGAUCUGCAACAGCUUCAGCUGUUCACAGAAUAUGGCCGCCUCGCCAUGGAUGAGAUCUUUUUGAAACCCUUCCAGUCUUUGAUGUUCCUAAUCAGAGAUUGGAGUUUUCCGUACGAAUAUACCUAUGGGUUCAAAGGAGGCAAUGUAUUUUUGGAUAAACGGUUACAGGUCAAGGAGGCCCAACACGAGGAGCUGCAAACUGUAAGGGAGCACAUCCACUCGUGCUUCACCAACAUUUCUUGCUUCUUGUUACCUCACCCUGGGUUGAUGGUUGCUACCAGCCCUACUUUUGAGGGACAACUUAGUGAUGUGGCAGCACCCUUCAAAGAACAACUGAAGGAUCUGAUUCCAAAUCUGCUGCAUCCUGACAAUCUGGCAGAGAAAGAAAUUAAUGGAAACAAAGUCACAUGCAUGGGGCUGCUAGAGUUUUUCAAGGCAUACAUAAAGAUUUAUCAGGGAGAGGAUCUGCCACAGCCAAAAACUAUGUUGAUGGCUACAGCAGAGGCCAAUAACCUGGCAGCUGUGGCCACAGCCAAAAAUCAGUAUUACAAAAACAUGGAGAAGGUGUGUGGGGGUGACCUGCCAUAUGUGGCCCCUGACUGCCUUGAGGAAAAGCAUCAAUUUAACUUCAGAGAGGCUCUUCAUGUGUUUACAUCAACCAAAAAGAUGGGCGGCCAAGAGUUUUGUGACCGUUACCAAGCACAGCUGGAAGAGGAGCUGGAGGAAAUGUGGCAGUCUUUCAGCAAGCACAAUGAAUCAAAAAAUCUAUUCAGUGCAUUUAGGACACCUGCCGUGCUGUUUGUCCUUGUGUGCUUCCUGUACGUGCUGUCCGGGGUUUUCCUCUUUAUUGGCCUGUCGACCUUUGCCUUGGUAUGUGACUGUACUUUGGGCGUAGUCAUGAUGUCCAUGCUGGCGUGGGCCUUCAUCCGCUACUCUGGGAGGUACCAGACUGUUGGUGGAGCCAUCGACCAGGCUGCAGGUGCUGUACUGGACCAGGCCACUAUGGUUUUGAACAAGUCAAAAGGGGCAGGCACUGCUGAACCGAAGAAGGCCAGUUAGAGGAGCUCAGCAUGUUCAGUGCAGUACAACCAGCGCACACUGCACAAUGCAAGCACACAUUCAGCUUUAAAGGCUUAUACUGCCACCCACGGAACAGACCUGCAAAUAAACAGCACUGGCACAGAGCAAAACACCACCUGGGGAGGGGGGAGAGUAAGACAGUUCACCAGCAUCUCUUAUGCAUGUUACGCACUCAGGCUCCCAUAAAGGAUAAAGAUGACAGAUGUCAUUCACGAUGUCUUUUAUUGGUAUUUUAUGUCUUAAAUUGACAGUUCUGUUACUUGUUUAUAAUUGGUCUUAUUGGACAAGUUGUUGUUUACCUUUAUACUUCAAAAAUAUUUGGUUGUAUGAAUCUUUCUAGAUGCAUACAUCAAAUACAGCUGCACAUUGUUCCACGAUGCUGUUCAACACAAUUCUUCUGCACUGUAGCUUCAAAUUAACUGUCUCUUGCUUUUUUUUAAACUUUGUGGUCUGACAUUCCGUUCUUUAUAGAUUUGCGUUAUAUUUGAUAUAAAGUAGGAUUUGUAAAAGUUGUCACUGUGUUUAAAGAAAAACCGGAUCAGCACUUUCUUACUGCACAAAAGGCUUUUGGCGUCGCUUGUGCUUGGAGUGGAGGGGAUAUGUAUUUUAUCCUUGUUGCUUUAUAAUUUUAUUUGUUGGAAGUAAGCUGUAGUUUGUAUAUUUGGGACUUCAAGACAAACUCAAAGGAAGUGAUACUGUGCAAAACCUUGAAACUCCAAAGAUAAUACAAUUUUGAAAUUGUGUUAAUAGACAUAAAAUAACACAUUUAGCUUUAAGUAUUCACUCAAAGAUUAAAAUAAAAGAGCUGACUUAAUGCUUUAACGGCCAUCCAGAGUCCCAACUUUAAAAAGUACACUGGGCUCUAUUUUGUUGGUCUUGUGCACAUAUUAGUGAACUGGCUGUUAAUUAAACCAAUAUUUCAAUGGUAAUCUUUACACUUGGUCAUAAAUGUUUUUAUGAACGCGACACCGCUUUCAAUGUUGGAAAAGGCAAAUUUUAGUCUUUAGUAAAGCUACUUUAUGUGACUAUCUUUUCAGCUCACUGCCGUCACGUCUCUACUGAGCUUUGUACUGGAUAAGUAACUGAUCUACUACAAGCCAUACUGCAGAAAAUGGGUGAAGUUGUGUUUCUUGUUUACAUACACUAAUUUCAAACACUAAAUGUUCAUGAAACCAUGUCUGCCUUUUGUUAAAUUACAAAAUAGGACACAUGACCAAAGGAUGUAUAUUUGUUACAUAAAAUCUCAAAUUAUAGACAAUUGUCUUAGAAAUGUUGAUUUGGGACUAUCUUUUUGCACAUUCCUUUCCUUCAUGUUGCUGCACUGCCUUCUUCUUGGGUGCAUUUUGCACAAAGUUCAUUCCAAAAAUGAAAAGCUGCAUUAAUGUUCACAUGUUACCAAUCAUGCUAGUGUCAUUGUCUCUUGCACAGGUGUUGCGUGCUUGAUUUGCUGUUUUAUAAAGUAUUAAAGUUUGAAAAUG